CUGUAGAUAUGAUCAUUAUUUUUCUGACGUUUUCUUGUGUUCCGUUUGAAAGACACAACACAUAUAAAUCAGAGUGAUUGGUCUUCUUGUAGGCAGAGGGUACACAAUUUUGCAUCUCCAUUACGCGUGCAAUAUGUGAAUGGAAUAUACGAUUUCUUAGAAUAAAUUUUCAUUUUCAUAUGAUCGGAACUUGUAACACCGCUAACCCAGCUGAAAUAUACACAUUGGACGUAAGGAUAGAUUAACCUUGGCGUUUGAUGCGAGUAUUAAUCAGGAAACUAUUUUAUCUACUUCCAACGGUGUUAUAAAGAAACCGUAUAUCAUUGUGUUAAUAUGCACAUGAAUCAUAUAUUUAUCCAGAAGCCAGUGUUCACAGGUCUCGUACGGCCGAUCCCGUGUUGCUUGAGAAACCCAGGUAUCUGAUUCGACUGUGCUAGAAACAGAGCACGCGCGCAAUGACGUCACCGAGCAGAAGACAAGAUACUUAGGCAGGAAGUGCUGUCUUAUCUGACAAAAUCAGGGUGUUGACUCCACGGUGAUAUAAACUCGGCAGUAGUUUUCUAUCGCCAGUAAGAACUAGUGAUCUAUAUUUCUCCAUCAUCAGAAUUUUUCAUGUAGGAACUGUAAUUAGCUAACGUAGACAAAUAAUUGAUUAAAUAGAUAACUAAAAGCUGUAAAAUGAUGCUCAGCUCUUUCGGAAACUCAUCUAUCAUAAGUGCAGACGAAAAUUACUAAUUUUCAUGUGAAUUGGAUAAUAAGUGCUUUCAGCUUACCUGUAGAAGUGGAUAAAAAUCAUAACCACUGACAGGUAGAAACAUUAAUAAGAAUAUUUGUGUUCAUGCAAGCAUUCACAACAAACGCUUAUCUGCUGUCAUUAAAGUCACCAUGGCUACGGGAAACAAACUAGUGAAGGAAAUUACAGAUCAGUUUUUGCAUUGCAAGAUAUGUUAUGAGCCUUACAAAGAUCCAAAAACACUUACAUGCUUACAUACGUUUUGUGCAGAUUGCAUUCAAAAACAUGUGGACUCGGAUUCUAACAGAAGCUCUCGGUUCUUGUUGUAUAGCAGAUUUAUAACAUGUCCACUUUGUAGGAGUAAAACGGAAAUUCCCACAGGUGGUGUGCGACGGUUACCGGAUAAUUUUCUUGUUUCCAGUUUGACAGACGUUUUGGACCGGAAGAAGAUAGGAAAAGUUCCUCCGUGUGAAAUAUGUCCUGGAGAGCGACAAAGGGCACAUAACCAUGCUAGUCAUAAAUGUCUGGAUUGCGCCAAGUUACUCUGCAAAACUUGUGUAAAUCUUCAUACAACAACAAAAGUCACACAGCAUCACAGUCUUAUUGAUAUUGAAGGUGAAAAGGACAUUGAGUGUAAAACGCACCCAGAAGAAAUAGUGCGAUAUUAUUGUGAACCGUGCGAAGAAUGCAUAUGUGUCGUCUGUACAUUUCAAGAGCAUCGGGACCAUGAAAUUUGUUCCUUCAGUGAUGGAUUUUCGAAAUACAAAAAUGGGUUGGAUGCAUUGCUAGAUCGAUGUAAGGUGAGGUUAUCUGAUGUUGAGAACAGGUUAUCAAAUAUAAACUGCGUUGAAUCAACGUUGAAGGAAACUAGGGAAAAUAUACGUGAUUUGGCAAUUAGCUAUAUUUCACAAGUUAGACAAACAGAGCGCCAGUUGAUGCAAAGAGUUGAGGAAGAUUUUGGCACAAAAAUACAAGGAUAUAUACAAAAUAAGGAAUGGCUUCAAGAAAAUUACGAAAAUUUGAAAACCACUUGCAAUUUAGCGGAAAUAAUAAUGAACGAUCGUGGUGUGGAAAUGCUGCUUUUGAAAAAAGAACUUCAAAAUAAGUUGUCAGCGUUACUCGAACCGACUCUGCCAGCUGUUCCUGAGAACGUGUCAAGUAGUAUUAAAUUUGUGCCGGGGAAUGUUAAGUUAGGACAUAUUUCAUGGAAAUCUGAAGAGGAAACCGACUGUGAUGGUGGAAGUGUUAAACAUCAAUUACCGGAAGUUGAUGACCCACCACGCAAGAAGCAAUGUGUAUCACGUGACACACAGACUGAAAGUAGUUCCACCUUGCCGCCAUUAUCCUCAGAGAUCAAUUUUGAAGCACCUAUUACAAAUAACUCCCACAGGACUCCGUUUAUUAAUGGUUUCGAUCAAAAUGAUAUCAAGAAAAAUCUUGACAAGGAGGCAUCUUCAUCAAAAACAGAUGUAAGUGUGAAUACAAUGUGUUCUGUCGAUGAAAAUAAAAUGGGUAGCGUAUGUGUAAAAUGUUGUGCGGAGCUGAAAAAGGAGUACGGAUCGUCGAGCUCUUUACCUGUAAUCGACGGUACCCCACCUGCUAUUCAAGACAUUAUUAUCACAAAUUGUUCAAAUGGCGAAAAAGAUCGUCAAGGACGCAGACGACGCAGUUUGAUCAAAAGCCGCCGAGUGCAGACGGAUAUUUCACUCUCAAAUGAAAGUCUAGAUGACACAUUAAAUGCUAGUCAAGAAAGUCUGAACAAUUCAUUUCGCAAAUUAAGUCAAAAUUCAUUGACUGCUGUUGCUGAAUGCGUUAUUACAACAUCAAUCGGAUUAGACCCUAUUGAUUUUGGACCAAAAGAACCCGCGUCGUACAAACCUAGAAUAUUUACAAGAAAUAAAAGCGUUAACACUACGCAAAAUGUCCGAAUAAUUCCGGACUCACGUUCCGUGCGUACGAAUACUGAUGUCGCUGAUUCGCGCGACUCUACUACAAUGACUUAUCCGGAUUCGAUCAGCCGGGAUACACAAACAAUAGAUAAGAUUUCCGCGCAUAAAGCAAUUGCCACUGAUUACACGGGACAGCGAAAUAAACGCACAUCAACUCCAAUCAUAAUUACAAUGGACAGUAGUACGCAUAUGCCUCCGCUAACACAAGAAAGCAAGGUAACUUGGACAGAAAACGUACAGACUACGGAGAGAUCUGUGUGUACGGAAAUGUCAGAAACGGCGGAAUCUUCGACAGAAACUAUGCAGCCUACAUUCAGUGACCAAAGCACUGACGUUAAACCGGAAAUGAAAACUAUGGAAAUAAAUACGGAUCCGGUUCAGUUCGCGGACAGUGUUGACGCAAGUGCUUCGGGUGCCAAACCCAAAGAACGGAAAAGUAAAACAAAGGAGAAAGAGAAAAAGGAGAAAGAGAAAAAGGAGAAAAGUGCAGAUAAAAAGACAAAAGAGAAAAAAGAGCGAAAAGAGAAAAAGAAAUAUACCGAUUCUUGUGUGGAAACUGACCCUGUCUUAAGAAGCGAUAAGGAAACGGGGACUGUGAUCGCGCAGUUCAAAGAUUCAUGGACAGAAACAUUUACACCACAGCUUGUAAAUACCGGUAUAUCUCCGGCACGACCGGCGACACGUGAAGCAUCCGUGGCGACAAAUCCGGUUGUCUUAAUGGAGCAAGCGACAUAUACUGAUGUCGUAAAACAGCAAGACAGUACAACGGAGACUAUUAUUGCUACGUGUGAAGGCGAAACUCUGACUGAACGAAUUGGCCAACAAGAUGCACAGACUGAAGUAGAUUUGUUUUUGCAAAGUGUUGAAACUAUCACAGAUGAAUGCUAUGUCAUUGAAACCGGUUGUAUGACAGAUGCUGAAUGGUUUUGGAAUAGUGAUCGUGAAUUAAAUGUUGUCGUCUGCGACGUCUGCCAGGAGAGGCGGGCGUUUGUUGAUACUGCGACCUCUCCUAUUGACAUUGCAAACUCGGAAAGCAUGAGGAAAGGCGUAUCACUUGUUAAUCACGAAACACAAACUGUAAAAAUUAAACUUUAUGACAAAUCGAAUAUGACGUCAUGUGAUUUUGAUGACAUACCAGAACAGCUAAAGGGAUUAAAUAACUGUGAUGUGUCAACUUCAACAGAAAAUCUACCAUACAUAGGACUUCUCAGUGACAUGGACUGUGACGAAUUGAUAUUAGUGCCAGAAAUUGCAAUAGACUUAAUCGGGUCCGAUGCUGAAUACCAAAAAAUCUAUUCAAAUUCCUUUCACAUGGAUGUUAGUGAAACUAGUGCUCAAACGAUUAUUUCAUCUGAAACUUCAAAUAUUGAUAUGUUGUUAUCAUGUGACCCAGAACACGCGAUGGAUUUGUUUAAGCCAUGUAAUUUAAUAAAUGUCGGUGUUAAUACGGAACACGCAUUAACAUUUGAAAAGGAGACGUGUACUCCAUCACUCCAUCAAUUAAGCAAAGGCACAAACACUUUACAACAAAGUGAAAAAGUAGAUAAAUCUACUAGCACGGGAUCAUUUGUAAAAAACAUGCAAGAAAAUUUUGGACAGUCACCACCAGUACAACGUUCUUCAAAAGUUCAAAAGUCCGUUAAGAAAGAUGUAUCAGUUGAAACAGAUUCGUCACUCAUGGAUGAGAAAAUGAUAGCCUGUAUUAACAAACUUAAAACCGUAUCGGAACGGCUAAACAGCCCAACAUCGAAAAUGUUUGCCGAAACUUUACCUUGGAAGGACAAUCCCGAAAACCCAGACACUGUUUUAAAAGAGCUUGACAAAGUUACUGAGGCGGAGAGAAAGAAAAACGUAAUGGAUUUAGUAGCAAAGUCACAAGCAAUAACAAGACCAAAGGAAACAAAAGAAACAAAAACGGAACCUGUAAGACGAAAGGCACAGCCACUGACUACUCUAAAGACAAAAUAUCAAGAAAAAGCCGCCGAAAACGAUAAAAAGCCAAACACUCAGCGACGAGACUCGAGUGAUAGCGCUACCUCAGUUCCUGCUACAAAGAACGGUAACCAGACUCCGUCCACGCAAAGAAAAACACCCACUUCGAAGCGUAACAAUUCCGCACCGGGGCGUAUCGCUACAGUUCCGAAUCAAGCUGCAUUAAGAAAAACUUCGCCCACUACACAGCCAAAGUCAAACGGCAAUAAGGCCACUACAGUAAAACAAGACGGGGCUGCUACUUUACCUGCGCCAACACCGAAACAAAGCCAGGAACCAGAAUUCUAUUCGACUGUGCCUAAAACGAGACACCCUAAGCAUGGGUUAGCUAGCAUUUCUGAACAUCGACAUUCAUCAGGUUCCGACAUGUCCAGUACCUCUUAUCGAUCAGCAGUGUCAGAGCAACAGAAUACUUCUACCUCAUCCCUAGACAAGAGCUUAGACUUUUCGUCUCUUAAAAUAAAUGCCCCACCACGUGCACCGUCGGCGUCGCCAACUCCAACGAGGCAUCCGACAAAACAUGAUAACGGUAGAGCUGCAAGACCAAAAACGACACUGCCUAAAACACGUAUUGAAGUUAUUCCUCCAGUUGACGACACUUCCGAUACAACACGUGCGCGCACCGGAAGUACUUCUUCAGACCAGACCGACAAUGAGCCCUCGCAAGAAAAGAAAGGGUUCAUUAAAAAACUUUUCGGGUCCAAGAAGAAGAAAUCUUCCGACAAGCGUAAUGCUUCUCCUAGUAAAUCACCAAAGCCCGGGAGGAAAGCCAUAGAGGUUGCGCCCGAGCCUCCGCCUGAGAGCCCAAAGGAGAAACCCAAGGAGAAGCCCAAACCUUUCGUGUAUAUGCGCGGGCGAUUCUUCCCUAUAGAACAAAAAGAUGAAGACAAAUACAACAAACCUAUAGUUAAUAAAUACUGUAUUAAUAAAGAAGAAGACGAAAAACCGCCAAUGUUUGACUUUGCGGCAACGUUUACAAAGAAAAAAUAAACAUAAUGCAAAUUAGUUUUCAGAAACGAUCUAUUGAUAUAUUGUCAACAUUUUGAAAAAAAAGCAUGUGAUGCAAAUGAAAAGAAAUGCGAAACGACUUGGUGUUUAAAGAAAAUAGAA